UUUCCCGUAAACUGUCGUCACAUUGCAUACCUCCAUCGCACAGGUCUCUCUCUCUCUCUACAUCAGAAUUCGCUUUUACGUCUAGGCCUAUACUUCCCUAUGUAUGGUUUCACUUUAAUGAUACUCGGGAUAGGUGAUUUACAUAUAAAGGGAUAACCCUAUUAACGAACUCCUCAUAAGUGUAGGUCUUCAUUUUGCAGCGUGAUAUCACAUCGCUCUAUCGAUAUCAUUGAAACAAAAUCCGCGGGAAAAGUAACUUGGUUUUCGGCAGAGAGAAAAACUUUUCGUCCCUGCACAUGCGCAGAAGGCCGCCCCGUCAUCGACUUACGGGUUAAACCCAUUUCAAUCUCCGAUUUCCUGGCCUAACGGGGGUGCGAGUAACAGAUAAUAAUUUUUCUUGAGGUUUAUCAUCUUUUUAUGAAGCAGCAAGGCGGCAAGUUCACCGAGGGGGAAAAAAUCAGAAAAAGAGAAAUAACAUCGGGGGUGAGAUCAUAGAUAUUUCAUUAAACAUUCAUCGAAGUGCCCGCUUUCUUGAUGAGCGAAAGCAUAGCACGUCUAUUGCGUCAACACCGUAAUUACGUUCUAGAGCCGGCAAUUGAUCCAUCCAGUAGCGACUGCCACCUUGUCAAGUUCGCCGUAACUUCGGGCGUACCAAGCGUGCAAUUCACCGUCUUGUAUUCAAGUUGAAACUGCCUCUUCUAUAACGUACCUGACAGCACUCAUGCAAAGGAUGUAUCACUCUUCCUUCGGCUCUGACCAUGCCGCCGUCCCCCGGAUAAGCGACAACACGCUCCCGUUCGGCCUCGGGCUCGGGGCCAUGGGGACCAAACUCUCCCCACCAUCGACGACGUCUAGCGGUCCACUAACAACGCAGGACGACAUCGUCCACCACGCCGCCCCUCCUCAUCGACAACCGAUGUCGCCCGAGAGCGCGAGCGGGGAGAUGAUCCUCCCCGAUGCCUCAUCGGCGAACACUGUGGGGAGGUCGCUGGGCGGUGGAAUGGGCGGAGGCCCGAGGACGGGACUCGAGCUCGGCGGUCACCUGGUUGCGGGUCUGCCUACUCCGUUGGAGCGGUCAAUGAGUACAACAACGGACAUGGAUCCCCUCGAGUCGCCGUCGUCGAGGACGGUAAUGGGGUCGGUUGGGUGUGAUGAAAUAGCGCCAUCUCCCGGCGGGAUAAGGGACGAUCCUGACGCCGUGAUUUUGGAUGAUAACGGUGAGGAAAUGAAAGCGUUGAAGGUGUUUUUCUUGCUUGGUAAAUCAAGACCUGACGGUUUGAGAUUCCAGAUUGGAUCGUGA